UAAUUUUGUGUACAGAAUUAUACCAAACUUAAUCUACUAAGCAUUCUUUUGGCAAGAACAAAAAGAAAAAGCAUUGAGUCUGUCUUUGUGAUAAGUAUUUAAUUAUUCAUCAUGAUGUCUUGCCAAAUUCAUGUUUAUAUCAUGAUGGUCAAUUAGUUGGUUUACACCAAGCCUUACCUCAAGGAGCUGUUUUAAAACUGUCAAUUGUCCAAUUCAUGUAACUUGAACAGAGCACAGAAGUCUCUUGCUUCAGGCUUCUCCACUAUGAAGUUCCAUGUGAUUGAGCUUCCCGAUGGAAAGAACUCUCAACAAAACAGUUCCACUAAAGUUUUCCUGUUAACCCUCUUCCUGAUUCUCAUCAGUUCCAUCCCUUUAUGUCUCCUGAAAAGUUCACAUUCGCCGUUGCCAUCUCCCAAGAUCAAUAUCAGUAGCCUGAGAAGUAUAGAGUUGGAGAAGAAAUGUGAUGUAUUUAAUGGAAAAUGGGUGCCUCAUCCGCAGGGUCCCUACUACACUAACGAAACUUGCCGCCUGAUUAUUGAUCAGCAAAACUGCAUGAAGUUUGGGAGGCCUGACUCAGAGUUCAUGAAAUGGAGGUGGAAGCCAGAUGACUGUGAGCUACCUCUCUUUGAUGCAGUUCACUUCUUAGAGAUUGUCAGAGGGAAGUCGAUGGCCUUUGUUGGGGAUUCAGUAGGAAGGAACCAAAUGCAAUCAUUACUGUGCCUGUUAGCUGAUGUAGCAUAUCCAGAAGAUAUUUCUCAUAAAUAUUCAUCAGACAUAGAUUAUUUCAAGCGUUGGUUCUAUGCUGAUUACCAGUUCACCCUAGCAGCAUUUUGGUCACCGUUCUUGGUUAAAUCCAGAGAUGCAGACCCUGAUGGUCAUACCUACAAUAGCCUCAUGAACGUUUACUUGGAUGAAGUGGAUGAAGCAUGGGCAAACGAGAUUGAAAAUUUUGACUAUGUGAUCAUAUCAGCAGGGCAAUGGUUCUUCCGUCCGCUGUUUUUCUAUGAGAAGGGCGAACUUGUUGGAUGUCACAAGUGCAAUGAAAACAACAUCACAAGCCUUACCAGGUACUAUGGAUACAAAAUGGCCUUCAGAACAGCUUUCAGAACUCUUCUUGGCCUUAAAAAUUACAAGGGUACUACAUUUUUAAGGACAUUCUCGGCGUCCCACUUUGAGAAUGGCGAUUGGGAUAAGGGUGGAAAUUGUGUUAGAACAAGACCCUUUACAAGCCAGGAAAUGAAGUUAGAAGAGUAUAACUUGGAGUUCUACCUGACACAAGCAGAGGAACUAAGAAAAGCAGAGGAAGAAGGGAAGAAAAUCGGUUUAACAUUUGGACUGCUAAACACUACUGAGAUUAUGUGGCUGAGACCAGAUGGACAUCCAAACAGUUAUGGACACUCGAUGAAUAGGAAUGCAACAGUAAAUGACUGUGUUCACUGGUGCUUGCCAGGCCCCAUUGACACAUGGAAUGAGUUUUUGCUCUAUUUGAUGAAGAGGGAAUUUCUCAUGCGGUUAAAAGGGAAGUUGAUGAAGAAUGCCUGAUCAAACUUGCAUUCAAAUUGUUGCGAAGUAUGCCCUCAGCUCUAUUUAUUGAUUCUUUUUCUGUUGUAAAAAAUACGUGGUUUCAUCACCUCCUAUACCUAUACAUAUCUGGAUUUGAGACUAUAUUUGGAAUCAUAUCUGUAAAAGUUUAUUGUUUCAUAAAACAUAUAAAAAUGUAUCUGGUUGAAAA